CUCUGAGCCCUAUAAAGGCGGGUACGCGCAGAGUAGAGCACCAGUUUCAGUGGACAGCUCCGUGCAGCAGCUCCUAUGCGCAUUUCGCUGACCGAAAAAGAAAAGUCAGAAAAAGGGGGAUUGAAUACGAUCUAAAGAUUUAAUUCACAAUGGAGGGGAUCUCUUGGAGAUUGUUUUUACUUUCUUUGGUACUUUUGGAGGGGUCUACGCAAGAUUUCGGACAAACGCAGUUCAUCUGCACGUCGGUGCCCAAGGAUAUGGACUUGUGCGCGGCCACUAUGCAGAACAGUGGCCCCGCAGAGGAUCUGAAGACCACUGUCAUGCAGUUGAGAGAAACCGUACUUCAGCAAAAAGAGCUAAUCAUGAACCAAAAAGAGACGAUCAGGGAACUAACGUCCAAGUUGUCUCGGUGUGAGAGUCAGAGUCUCCCGGAGCCUGGAGCAGGGGGCAGGAGAAAAGAACCAGGCAACACUAUGGGGGAUGUAUCACGGGGUCCGUCCGAUACACUGGCCCAACUGGGGCAGACGUUACAAACCCUGAAACAGAGACUGGAGAACUUGGAGCAAUACAGCCGAGUCAACAGCACAGCGCAGUCAAAUAGUCUGAAAGACCUACUCCAGAACAAAAUAGACGACAUGGAAAAACAGGUCCUGCUCCGGGUCAACACGCUGGAAGAGACCAAAACUGGGCCGAGGAAUGACACGGACCAGCGAAACAAAGUGGAGUCAACUCUGACCAAAAUCCACGACAGAAUCACAGGUCUGGAAAAGGGUCCAAAAGGCAACAGACCACUGGACAAGUUUCAGCUGACUUUCCUUCUGCGAACCAACUACAUGUAUGCGAAGGUCAAGAAUAGCCUACCAGAGAUGUACGCCUUCACCCUCUGCAUGUGGAUUAAAUCCAGUGCGUCGCCAGGCGUUGGCACUCCAUUCUCCUAUGCGGUCCCGGGGCAGGCCAACGAGCUGGUGUUGAUUGAGUGGGGGAACAACCCUAUGGAGAUUCUCAUCAAUGACAAGGUGGCAAAACUACCUUUCCAAAUCAACGAUGACAAGUGGCAUCACAUCUGCGUCACCUGGACCACAAGAGACGGGGUGUGGGAAGCCUAUCAGGAUGGGGUUCAGCGUGGCAACGGCGAAAACCUGGCCCCUUACCACCCUAUUAAACCUCAUGGAGUGCUCGUGCUCGGACAGGAGCAGGAUACACUGGGAGGAGGUUUCGAUGCAACUCAAGCAUUUGUUGGUGAGCUGGCCAAUUUUAACGUGUGGGACCGUAAGCUGACAACGGGGGAAAUUUACAUGCUGGCCACCUGCAACAACAGAGCGCAGGUUGGCAACGUCUUUGGGUGGGCAGAGACCAGCAUCGAAGUAUUCGGUGGAGCGACGAAAUGGCCAUUUGAGCCUUGUCGUCCGCUCAACUGAACAGCACUACGGCAAACGGAAAAAUCCAGUCCGAGAUACUUGUUUCUGAGCUUCUCAUCUUUCUUGUCUUCAUUUGACGUUGAAAAAAAAAAGAACAAAAGUUAACAUUGAUUUAAAAGGUGAGCGAAAAGCUGGGAUUUCUAUUCAUAAUUAAAUAUUUAUGUGCAAAACAAGCAAAAGUUUUUGGUCUUGAAAAAAAAAAUAUUUUCCUGUGCAAUGUCUUGGAAAUCUCAGUGAGACAGUGUUGGUAUUGAUUACUUUUUGAUUUGGAGUUCGUUUUAAUUUUUUGCAAGCGCACUCAAGCUUUGGUUUCGCUUAUUUUUCUCUUGGACCGGCAGCUGGGCAUCUGAAGCCUUACUGUACGUUGGACAAUAUCUCAACACAGAAGUGGAAAACAUCGCCUUCUUCUUGAUACAGAAAUCAAAGCCGACAGUCCAACCGACAGUAUUUGAGAAAGACGGCAAGAGUUCAUUACUGCACUUAAUGGCACCCCAACCUCUCCGGAACUUGCACUGUGACUGACUUGCGUGGUAGACAGGGAUGAAGGACGAUGCAAUGACGGAUUGCACCUACUUUACUCGUUCUCGUUGUUUGCUUCAACGUGUUUCUGUAAGAAUGUCUAAAAUUGCCAACAUGCUACAAGCCUGGGUGCCUUGGGCUGGUACAAAUAUUCAGCACAUUUCGUUAUCAUUUGCAUAUUCUAUGUAUGAUUUACUUUCUUUGAGAGAGAAAUUGUCGUAACUCUAUUCAAUGUACUUACUGGCGAUUUGUUAAAGGACAUGGCGUGUAUCGGCAAGUGUUUGUACACUGUAUUAGGAAUGUUCUCUGUAUAGUAACAGCAUGACUGACAAAAUGCUGCAACAGCAUCGUCGACCAAUGCUUUUACUAUCCUUCCAGGUCAGGUCGGGUCUUUUUUACUGUAUUGUUAUAUGCUCCAAGCAUGGCACCACUGAAAGAUAAAAAGAUCUAAUUUUUGUAAUAAAAUUGUGAUACAUAAUA